AUGGACACCAUCUUUUCGUCUGUGGACGACUCAGAAGUCGAGACAUUGUUGGAGACCGCAAAGAACAACAAAGGGCAUUCAUUGUCUCGAGAAGAGCUCCUGAGCUUUGCUAAAGCCAAAGCUUCUGAUUUCAAUGUAACAGAUGGCUUUAUUGAUUCUCUUACUCGAGCUGCGGCACAACAAAAGUUGGGCGAUGUCACUUUUGCUCUGAAUUUGCUAGGUACCCGCGCUGGUUCGCUUGCCCUUACUGGUCACUUCAAAGCAUACAAAGACCUUACAAGAAAAGAGCGUGAGGAAGUCAUGAAGAAGUGGUCAACCUCAUCAUUGGAAAUGCUUCGAGGUCUCCAUAAACUUUUUUACCAACUUACUGUUAGCAACAUCUUCAAGCAAAUGGACUGCCCACUGCAUAAAGUCAUGGGCUACCCUGGACCUGAUCCUCAUAUGCACGGAGAAAAGCACACCAGCAAAUUGAAAGAGCGCUAUGAAUUCCUUAACAUCCCAGAAGGUGUUACCGAACUAAACUAUGAUGUUGUCGUUGUUGGAACUGGAGCAGGUGGUGGUCCAGUAGCAGCGACUCUCGCCAAAGCAGGAAAGAAAGUCUUGGUACUGGAAAAGGCAAAAUAUGUUCAUGAAUCGGAAUUCGAACUGAAUGAAGUUCACGGCUUCACCAAUUUCUACGAAAGAGGUACUAUCUUCUCUAAUUUGAGUGGAUCUAUGAACAUUUAUGCUGGUAGUGCUUUUGGUGGCGCUACUACCAUCAACUGGUGCGCUUCUCUCAAGCCCCAGCAUUUUGUCCGCGAUGAAUGGGCUUCUGAGGGUCUCAGCCACUUUGUUUCUAGCAAGUUUACUGAACAACUCGACCAAGUCUACCAAAGAAUUGGAGCCACUACCAAGCACAUUAAGCACAAUGAGCCUAACAGUAUUUUGAUUGAAGGCUGCAAGCGCCUCGGAUACCCCAUUGAAGACAUUCCCCAAAACGUCGGAGAGCACCCCCACGAGUGCGGUUGGUGUUUCUUAGGUUGCCGCUACAACGAAAAGAAUGGUUCCAUGAAUACAUGGCUCCGUGAUGCUCGUGAAGCUGGUGCCGAGUUCGUUGAUCAAUGCUACGUUGACCGUGUUUUGGUUAAGAAAGGAAAGGCUGUCGGUGUUGAAUGUACCAUUGCUGGUAACAAGAACCGCAAGUUGAUCGUUCACAGUAAGCAAGUUGUCGUUUCUGCUGGCUCUCUCAACAGUCCUGGUGUUUUGAUGCGUAGUGGACUCAAGAACAAGAACAUUGGAAAGCAUUUGCACAUGCACCCUUGCCACCUUGCUUUCGGUGUGUUCCCAGAUAGAGAGAUCAAUCUCUUCCAAGGUUCCAUUAUGACUGCUCUCAGUAAUAUUUCUGAAAACCACGAUGGUACAUACUACGGUGCCAAACUUGAAGUCCCCGUCUUGCAUCCAGGCAGCUUCAGUGCUGUGGUUCCCUGGAGAGGUGCAGCUGACUAUAAGCGUCACGUCCUUCGUUAUCGCAACAUCAGUCCUGUUCUCAUUCUCAGCCGUGACAAGGAUUCGGAAGGCACUGUCACCUACGAUGACAACAACAACGUUAUUGUUGAUUACAACGUUACUGCACGUGACAAGAAGUCCAUACUUAUUGGUGUGGAGAAGGCAUUGGAUGUCCUUGUAGCUGCUGGUGCAGAAGAGCUUUUCACUGUCCAGAGUGGAGUUGACAACUUCCACUUCAUCAAGGGAGAAGAAGACUAUGGUCAGAUUAAUAACAAGCGGUACGUCGCCUGGAAGGAGAAGGUGAAGGCUUAUGGCUUGCCAGAUGCAGGCUGUGGUCAAUACAAUGCCCAUCAAAUGGGCUCUUGCCGUAUGGGAGUUUCUCCAAAGGUAUCUGUCGUCAAGCCAGGCGGUGAAACAUGGGAAGUCAAGAACCUCUAUGUUGCUGACGCAUCCGUCUUCCCAUCCGCCACUGGUGUUAACCCUAUGGUCACUACUGAAGCCUGUGCUCUCUAUAUUGCCGAUACCAUCCUCCAAUCAGAUGCCGUUGCUCCCCGCCUUUAG